AUGAUGACAAAUACUAAGUGGGAUGAUGAUGAUGAUGAUGAUGAUGAUGAUGAUGAUGAUGAUGAUGAUGAUGAUGAUGAUGAUGAUGAUGAUGAUGAUGAUGAUGAUGAUGAUGAUGAUGAUGAUGAUGAUGAUGAUGAUGAUGAUGA